AUGCGGAAGAGCAAUCAUACAAAACAUAGGCAAGUAUUUAGAGGAUCAAAACCAAUAAAUGAAGAUGAUGAAGAUGUGUAUUAUAAUUUGGGAGAAGUUGGCGAGAGUGAAAUCACACAGAGUGAAAAAAAUACAAUUGGAUUACGUAGAAUUUCCACUGAAUUAGGGCCUUCUCCUCAAGAACAAUUAAAUUUAUUGUGUCAAAUAAAAGAAAGUGUUCCUAACAUUUGCAAGAAUUGUUGUUCAAAAAUCAAUAAUGAUGAAUUAAUAAAUGAUGACUUGUCUGAUGACGAAUUAGAUGAAAGGUUAAUCGAAGCAAAUAUAAUAAAUAUCAGCGCAAAUAAUACUCUUGCAAAGAAGAGUCUUUUCAAAAGUUUAAAAGAACAAGCAAAAUCUAUGCCAUUUCCCCAGGUUAACGUUGACGAGCUUAAAAAUUGGCUCAAAAAAAAUUACACACGUAAAAUAAAUGAUACAUUAUCAAACCUUCUAGCUACUACAGAAAUUGAAGGGUUCAAUGACGAUCAAUUUGAUCUUAUAAAACGAGUGUUCGAAUAUAAACUCUUGCAGCUUAGAGCAGGACAUGAUAAUCAACUUGAUGUAUCAUUAAUGGAUGAAAAUACAUAUACAUCAACAGUCAUAUCUCCAGAUUUUGAAUUUUUAAAAAUAUGCUUUCCGGGCCUGAAUGAAAAUGACGUUCCAUCCUCCAAAUGGCGUCGCGAAUUAAUUUAUGGUGUUGGUGCUUUAGCACGGUAG